AUGAUAAAUAUUCUUGCUUCAUCAUCAACACCACCACAAGCUGAUAACCAGAGAUCUGCUUUGGCUCUACUGCACCAAAACCUUAUGAUUAUCGGCGAUUAUUCUCCAGAAGCUGAGUUGUGGGACUGGGACCUGAAAACAGAUUGUUGCUCUUGGAUGGGAGUUGUAUGUAAUGGUGACGGUCUUGUGACUGAACUUGUCUUGUUCAGUCCUAUUUCUGCAACACUUAAACUUAAAAGCCCAAUCCUUGAAAUGGUUUUCCAGAAUUUGAGUUUUUUAGUCAGAGUCAGUCUAGAUGAUGUAGGCCUCUCCGCACAAAGUAGCAGCUGGUGUGAAGCCAUCUCUCAUUUACUUCCCAACCUUAGAGUCCUGAGUCUGUCUCAUUGUGCUCUUUCUGGUCCUAUUUGUUCUUCACUAUUCACUCUUCCUUCCUUAGAGUUGCCAGAGUGUGUACCAAAUCUUGAUAUGGUAGAGAGUGUGGAUGAUGAAAAGAUUGCCAAUCAUCUUGAUCGCGUGGUUGGGAACUUGGGAAGGAAGCCCUUAAAGGUCUUGGUCCAAGUGAAUACCAGUGUUGAAGAAUGUGAUUUAAGUUCAUGGUUAUUAAUUAUGGUUCGUGUGUUGGCAUUUGACUGCAAUGGCGUCUCUUAUGUCCACCUCCAGAAAGAAAUGAUAUGCCUGGACAAUAUUUUGGAUUGGUUUGUGAGCCAAAUUAUCAGAGAUGGGUUCAAGGACAACAAUAUGAAAGUCGAUUUUGUGCAGUAUGCUUUACUAUGGUGGAAAAGCACUAUUUCUCGGCGGAUUUAUAUUGUUCUGAGACUGGACAAUGGAAUGAACCUCUUCUGUUGA